UUGAUCGCAUUGUGCAAGAAUGACUGCAAUUAAUUAUUAAAUGUUAUGGACACAGCUUUGUAGAACCAAAACAUACACAGCCUCUGCUCAAUAAACUCGAUAAUGAAUCGUUUGGGGGGCUGCAGUUCGCGAACGAAUGCUUAUCACCUUGCCUGGCUACCCAGGGACGUUAGUUUAUUUUCCGCAAUGAGAAGUAUGUAGCAAACGCCUGAAGCGGAAAAUGUAGUGCGAUUUGUCUGGCCACUUUUCACCCUCACAGCAGUCAAGCAAUACGUUCCUCCAAGAGUCGUUCGCAAUCUAGUCCGGUUCGGGCAACAACUAGACCUCGUUCAAAAUGUAUCAAGAAGUAAUCUUAUUUGUAUGUCAUGCAAUCAACAAAUGUAUAUUGUCUCAGUCACAAAUGACAGCUCCAAUAAGCCUUCCAUGGUGAGUAAAGGCUCGUAGAAUCAUGUCUCACGAGUUUAAAGUUCAUCGUUCGCUGGUACAUGUAGGGCGUCCUCCAUGCCCUGGUCAUUACUGACUUAAAUGAGUCGAAAAGAUCCGAGUCAGUAAAAAGAGCCUAACUUCCCAUUACUAGUAUUUUCGUGCACAACCAAUACGCUUUUGUGGUAAAAUCGAAAAAGACGAAUCGCGGCUUCGGGACUAAUAUGAUUGGAUACGAUGUUUACCCGAAGUACGGGUGUAUUCAUUACGGAAACCGUUUACCAUUGAAUAACCAAACGGAAGCAAACAUAUAAAAACUAGAAUAUCUAUUGGACAAAAGCAGGUAUGUCCCGCCCCGUUUUUUCCCGCUUGCUUCCGCCAAAGAAACGCGUUGCAACAUAAUCGGUGUAUUUAAAAUGUCCAAGGUGGUACACACCUUCAAUGACAAUGCCACCUGUCAAAAACGUUUGUCAGACAGGCCGAGUAUAUGGCAGAGAGCGGACGGUAAAAAUAAUCUAGCUAGGACAGCUCAUUGAAGUCGUGUAGCUAGCUAACUCUAUUCUAACGGCCGCAGAUAUCUCAACACAUAUAUAUUAGCUAGCAAGUUUAUAUCACAUUUGCCUAGCUAGGACUAGACAUAAUCUUGACUUUAGCCAGCUAACGUUACAGUAUAGCUAGCUAGGUGGUACGCGACGUAACUAGCUACUAGCUUCACUAGUUAGCUGGCUUCCCGGCCUAGCUGUGCAAUUUACGUGUUGCAUCAAGCUGUGUCGGUGUCAAAAGUAGCUAAUAAUAGUUACUUGACAGAUCACUGCACCCUGAAUCGCAAACUUGUGCUUAAGACUGGUGAUGGACUUUCUUGCUGGCUGCAUUGGAGGUGCUGCCGGAGUCUUAGUAGGACACCCUUUUGACACGGUUAAGGUGAGACUACAGGUCCAAAAUGUGGACAAGCCUCUUUACCGCGGGACCUACCACUGUUUCCAGUCCAUCGUACGGCAGGAGUCAAUGUUUGGGCUGUACAAAGGCAUCGGCUCCCCCAUGAUGGGCUUAACCUUUGUCAAUGCCAUAGUGUUUGGAGUGCAGGGCAACACCAUGCGUUACCUGGGCCAUGACACCCCUAUGAACCAGUUCCUGGCUGGAGCCGCAGCUGGGGCAAUACAGUGUGUCAUCUGCUGCCCCAUGGAGUUGGCCAAGACACGCAUGCAGAUGCAAGGCACUGGGGAGAAGAAGUCCAAGAGGAAGCUGUACAAGAAUUCCCUGGACUGUCUAGCACAUAUCUACAAGCGGGAGGGGCUGCGGGGCGUGAACCGCGGCAUGGUCACCACAUUGAUCCGAGAGACCCCCUGCUUUGGAGUCUACUUCCUGACUUACGACAUCCUGACCCGCUCCAUUGGCUGCGAGCCCGGCGACCGUUACAUGAUCCCCAAGCUGCUAUUUGCCGGCGGGAUGUCCGGGGUCACCUGCUGGCUGUCCACCUAUCCUGUGGACGUGAUUAAGUCCCGCCUCCAGGCGGACGGGGUGGGCGGAGUCUACCAGUACAGCAGCAUCGCUGACUGCGUGCGGAAGAGUGUGAAGAGGGAGGGGCUCAUAGUGUUCACGAGAGGUCUCACCUCCACCCUGCUCAGGGCUUUUCCCGUCAACGCUGUCACAUUUGCCACAGUCACUCUGGUGCUGAUGUACGCACGGGGGGUGGAGGAGGGGCCCAAGGACAGUGAACCCGCGACCCCCGUCACAACUCACCACACAAAGCUACAGCAGCAGGCCCAAGCCUCCAGCCUGUGACCUGAGUCUGGAGGUGUUACACCCACCUGAGCUGCUCUACUGUGGGGUGGGGGAGGGAGGGAAAACCAUAGGGCCAAAUGCACUUUGAAUCUGAGUAUGGAAGCACAUAGACUCCUGAUUCAGCUGUAUGUAUAUCUAUAGAUAUGCAGUGUCUCCACUUGACUUGUAAAUAUAAUUUACUCAAAACACUGAUAUCGUUGGAAGAUGAGAUAAAGAAAGAAAAUUGAAUGUAGUGAGACAGAUGUUGAACCCAAAGCUUGAUAUGUCCCUAAUAUUUAUUCCAAAAAGCACAAU